GCCUCUUCCUGCGGCAGUCGCCGCCAUGGCGCCGUGCCGGGCAGCCGCCCCUCUCCUCCUGCUGCUCCUCGUCCUGCGGCCGGCGAGCGCGGGCUUGAGCGGCUACUUCGGCACCAAGUCCCGCUACGAGGAGGUGAACCCGCACCUGGUGCGCGACCCGCUGUCGCUGGGUCCCGGCGCGAUCGAGUCGCCGCCCGUCACCUGCGCUCCGCUGCAGCUCCGCGCCGUGCUCCGGCACGGCACCCGCUACCCCACGGCCGGGCAGGUCCGCCGGCUGGGCGAGCUGCACGCCCGGCUGCUCCGCCGGCCCGCGGAGCCCGCAGCCUGCCCCGCCGCCGCCGCGCUGGCCGCCUGGCCCAUGUGGUACGAGGAGAGCCUGGACGGGCGGCUGGCGCCGCAGGGCCGGCGCGACAUGGAGCAGCUGGCCCGCCGCCUGGCCGCCCGCUUCCCCGCGCUCUUCGCCGCCCGCCGCCGCCUGGCGCUGGCCAGCAGCUCCAAGCACCGCUGCCUGCAGAGCGGGGCCGCCUUCCGCCGCGGGCUCGGGCCCGACCUCAGCCUCGGCGGCGACGAGGUGGAGGUCCAAGUGAACGAUUCCUUGAUGCGGUUUUUUGAUCACUGCGCCAAGUUUGUAGCCCUGGUGGAGGAGAACGAUGCGGCCAUGUGCCAGGUGAGCGCCUUCAAAGAGGGGCCCGAGAUGAAGAAGGUCUUGGAGAAGGUCGCGAGUGCCUUGUGUUUGCCGGUGGAGGAGCUAAAUGCAGAUCUUGUUCAAGUGGCUUUUCUCACCUGCUCUUAUGAGUUGGCUAUAAAAAAUGUGACCUCCCCGUGGUGUUCACUCUUCACUGAAGAAGAUGCCAAGGUCCUGGAAUACCUGAAUGACCUGAAGCAGUACUGGAAGAGAGGGUAUGGCUAUGACAUCAAUAGUCGCUCCAGCUGCAUUUUAUUCCAGGAUAUCUUCCAGCAUUUGGACAAAGCAGUGGAAGAGAGCAAAAGUUCAAAACCCAUUUCUUCACCUCUGAUUGUCCAAGUUGGGCAUGCAGAGACGCUCCAGCCCCUGCUUGCCCUGAUGGGUUUCUUCAAAGACAAGGAGCCUCUCCUGGCCAACAAUUUCGCCAGGCAAACGCACCGGAAGUUCCGCAGCGGCCGGAUCGUGCCUUACGCGGCCAACCUGGUGUUCGUGCUCUACCACUGCGACCACAUGAACGCCUCCAGGGAGGAGUAUCAGGUGCAGAUGCUGCUGAAUGAGAGACCAAUGUCCUUCCAGCACUCCAAUGAAACCAUCUCCACGUACGCCGACCUCAAGGACUACUACAGGGACAUCCUGGAGAACUGCCACUUCAAGGAGGAGUGUGAACUGCCCAAAGUUAAUGUGACUGCUGUGGAUGAGCUCUGAGGGUGUUCUGCUCAUUGGUCUCGGGUCAGUUCGACAGGCCCUGCAAACAAGCACUUUGGAUGAUUUGCUGCUGCUGUGUUAACUUCCUAGACUUGCAGAUUGGGUGGGUUGUCUCAGCUCAGUGUGCUGGUUCUCUGUUGCAUAAGCAGAACUACAAAAACAAAUGCUGUAACAGGGAAGUUGCUGAGCAUUUGUAACAAAUAUGUGAUGCAAGACACAAGUCCCUGUGUGUUUAUAUGUACCAAUAAGCUAAGUUCAUUGGUCAGUCCCUCUAUGAAUAUGCUAUAGAUGGAUUUAAGAGCUAGGGCAGCUUCUGUUUUAUCAGAGCUGCAGGUGGUUGGACUAAUUUAGUAUUGCUUUGCACUGCCUGUGUUGCUUGCUGCUGUUUCCCUGUGCCAGGCAUGAAAUACUUCAAACCUGUGAGCUUUUCUUUACUCUUUUUCCCAAGCUUGUAGAAGGGAGAGAGUACAGAGCCUUUCUUCACAGCUGCACAACUUCUGCCUGGACAGCACCAUCUCUUUUUUUUUUUUUUUUGGGCAUUUUAAAGCAGGAGGAGUUGCAGUGUUCCUGCAUGCGUUACCUGCCUGAAAAGGGGUGAGGAGUUAGAAAUCUUAAAGUCCUCACCGACCCAUCCCACAUGCCAAGUUAUCCUCCAGGGUAAGUAAAUCAUCUUUAAAAAGGAGUAAAAAUAAACAGAAAGAAGUGAGGGAGUGGAAAGUAGCAACUCUUCCUUUAAGUUGCUCUGGGAGAUGCAGCAGUUGUUCUCUAAAAUAAUCUGGGGUGUCCUUUCCCUGUCACCCUCCGUUUCUGGUGUUGAAUCCUUGGGCUGGGACAUUUGGGUUAAGCUCUGCUCUGGCUCUGAACAGCUUGGUCCUGUCUAGGUGCUGGCAGUUUUCCCAGCAGCUCUGGAUGGAAGGGAUCUCUGGAUGUCUCCAGCCUCCUGCUUGAAAUGGGAUUAAUGCUAACCCUAAAUCCAGGCAGAUUUUGGACUAUAUAAAGAUCUGGGUGAGACUUGACUUCUGCUGCCUUUAAGCCACCACAUUUGGUGCCACUUACAUAGGCCUUAUAUGUUUGAUGUGCCACCUUGGUUUUGAAGUGCAUCUGGUUUUAAAGAGAUGAAUUGUGUAGAAGGACUGGUGAUCUCUUAAAGCAACUGCACUUAAAGUUGUUUCACUUGUGACUGAAAGCUGGGAAGUAUUUUAGAGCUCUGCAGUGUGGCAGAGAGAGGAAAACUGAAGAUAACUGAUGAGACGUGUCUGAAAUGCAGGGAGUCAGAUAAAAUUCCUUCCUCACCUGGAAGGGAAUGGCUGUGUGAACAAAUGAAGCAAAUGAAGGUGUGGAUUUAUGGUGCUGGUAACUCCUGAAGUGUGUACUCUCACCCCACAGUGAGUGUUCCAGGGCUCAGCCUCUCAAGUGAGCCGUGUUUUGCUGUGUUUCCUGGCGAGGAGGGGAAAGGUUGGAAUAAGUGAUUACCACAGCAUAUCAGGAGCACUAUAUGUUUAUACCCUCAUUUGCUGAGGGCUAAGUUCUUUUUGUGGGCUCACCUUCAGAACUGGGAAUUUAACUGCUGCAAGAACAAGAGCAGAAAAGAGAAUGCCAACCUGGCUCAAAGCUGAGGAGUUAAACUUAGUGUGUGAUUUUUUUUUUUAUUUAUUUUUUAAUCUUUCUUGAGGACUUAGGCUUCUGUCACUCCUUUGCAAUAUGGCUUGUGGAAAAACACUUAAGAUUUACAUACCUGUGAGUUAAGGAGCCAUCAAACACCUGGUUUUUACUGUUCUUGGAGUUAAGGGCUUUUCCCUACCUGGGCACGUAGGGCCCUGUUUCAUUAGUGCACCAGCAGCAGAGACCAAGAGAUUACUGAAUAUACUGGCAAAAUCUGGUGGGUAUUCCAGCAUUAACAUCCCAGUGAAACACUUGGCCCGUGAUGGCUCUGCAGCUCCCUCUGAAGCUGGUGACAAGGCUGGGGAGGAGUUCAGUGCUGCCACCACUGUAAGGAUAUAGGUCAGGGUAAUUGUCAGGCCCUGCAUCUGACUUUACUGCUCUAUAAGCUUUGCAUGUCUCCUUUUUCACAUGAUCCUGCCUUGGGACCGAGUCAACUGAUGGUAAUUGCUGUGACUGAUGCCAGUUAGGGACUUGGUUGCAACAUUUGAGGCGAGCUGCAAAGAAAUGAACCUUUGUUUAAAGGCAGUUGAGUUUGGAAAUAGCAGAUAGCAGAGUGAGAAAAUCCACCUCUGAACAAAUAUUUUUUUUUUUCUGUGAGUCAGUCGCCCUGGGAUGAUUCAUGGACAGAAAGGAUGAAAGCCUGACUAUGGGAGAUGGAUGGAGGAUUCUGUUGUCAGUUCAGCAAGACUGACUUUAAGACAUCACAUUUGUUAAAAGAUACAUCCUUUUUCCUUGUGGAGGGAGGAGUACAGUGCACUUGACUGCUUUUUUGACUGUGUGCCAGGUGAGGUGGAGGAACCAAAAAAUUCCUUCUGCAGUGGAGUAUCACGUGCUGCUGCAUUAGCAAGUUGAUGGUGUGCUUAAAUUCUGUGCAAAGGAUGGUUCCUCAGGGGCUAUUCCCUGUUUUACCUUGGAGUGCAGGUCUGUCACACCUCCAGCCAAGCACAUCUGGCUUCAGUGGUGUCAGCAAUUAACUGGGAAGGGAAAUGUGCUGCCUGGGCUCUGGUCUGGGUUUAGAGGAUGCUCUGACUCACCCCUUUGGCACAAUUGGAGGCUCAGUGUGGAAACUUUGCACCAGUAGAAGUGUUGGGACAUGUAAAUACUCUGGGCACUUACUGUGAUUUUUACCACUGGGGAGGUGACUUCACUCUGACCCUUUUAUCUGGUUAACACAGACACUUGUGUAGACACUGGAAUGGAUUAAAAUAUUCCUAUCAAGUUGGGCACUAGCUCAGUGUGAGCAGUGCUUGAAGAGGCUGCCGCAUCUCCUGGCAUAGCACAUUCCCACAUCCUGCAAGAAAAACAAUGCUUUCUCCUCCUUCACCUUGCCUCUGGAUGCCUCAUCUCAGUCUUCUGUCAAGGACUCUUUGCAACCUUUCUCAAACUGGAAGCUUUCACUGAUGGAAAAUACUGACAGUGUUCUUGGCUGCUGGCCUUAAAUAUGUGUGAAAUGUGUUUUAAUUUGUUAAAUGUCUAAUCUUUCUGGCAAAUCAGUUUUUUUCCUCCUAGAAGGUACUGCUGUCGAGCUGGCCAAUGCCAGUUUGUAAUAAUAAUGGCACUAACUGGAUGAAUUUUGAGAACUUAUGUGGAUUUGUGGUGAAAUAAAACUGCACCCUUCUUUCAUCUCUAUUUGAUGAUCUCCAGUACCAUGGCUGUGUUCUGCUUCAAAAUACGUUUGGUGGGUUGAUAUUA